CCCACUUUGUCCCUCCGAUUUGUUUGCUCACCUUUCUCUCUCUUUUCUCUUCACAAUCCGUUUGCUUCUUCCUCGGCCCUUCUCCUCUCGCUCCUGACCGACUGGAAUAGAACGCAUCUUGUACCUACCCUUACACAGCAGUAUCAAUAUACCUCCCUCCGCCUUCCCAAUAAACGAUGUCCUGUGCCAAGCCAGUUCCCACUAAUGCCACCAUCCUCAUUGUCGGUGCCGGCAUCGGCGGACUCACCCUCGCAGCCUUGCUUGAAAGGGCUGGAAUCGAUUACAUCGUCUUUGAACGGGCCAAAGAGGUUGUACCCCUCGGCUCAGCACUCAGCAUCGGUUCUAAUGUCAUGCCAGUCUUUGAGCAACUUGGCAUCCUGGAUGAGAUUCUCAUGAACGCCAAACCCUUUGGCUUCUCUACUGGAUACAACGAACAAAGGCAGGCAACCAGGACAUUGGAUUAUAGCCCUGCGGAGAAGAUUGGCGGCUACCUACCUCACAUCAUCUCACGGCCGAUCCUCUAUAACAUCCUGCUCAAACUCGUCCCUCCACAAAAAGUCAUGAUGUGCAAGAAAAUCCUCUCACACCUCCAGAACAAGGAUGGGGUUCUCAUCCGCUGCAGUGAUAACACGACAUACCACGGCGACAUCCUCGUCGGCGCCGAUGGAGCAUACUCGGCAGUGCGCCAGUCACUCUACAAGGAGCUAGCAAAGAAAGGCGAGUUGCCCAAGUCCGAUGGCCUACCCCUGCCUUUCAAUAGCACAUGUCUCGUGGGACAGACACGCCCAUUAGAUCCAGAAGAGUUUACACAUAUGAAGGAUUGGCAUACUUGGUUCGAAACUACAGCUGGCGAGGACAAACCAUAUGCGUGGGUUACCUUUACAACCAAGUUCAAUACCAUUUGUUGGAUGGUCCUGCGUCAUCUCGAUGACAAGGUCUCGCGCGAACUCGAUAGUUCCUUUCGCAACUCGGAGUGGGGUCCAGAAGCGGCGGAGACCAUGUGCAAAGAAGUGCGCGACUUACCCGUGCCCAGGAACAAUUACACAAUCGGAGACCUAAUCGAUGCUACACCACGAGAAUUUAUCUCGAAGGUCAUGCUGGAGGAGAAACUUUUUGACACCUGGUACAGCAGCCGGACGUGUCUCAUUGGCGAUGCAUGCCACAAGAUGUAUCCCUCCGCUGGUUUAGGUGCCGUGAGUGCAAUCCAAGACUCUGUAGUACUCGCCAAUUGCAUAUACGAACUACCCAAUAAUCCUUCGGUCGACGAUAUCACGAAGGCCUUUCAGCACUACAGGAGUGAACGGUAUCCACUCGCCAAGUCCGCAUAUGACACGAGCCAUCGACUUGCCAGCCUCGUGGGACAGCAUUGGUACAACAACUUGAUCCGUAUGGUGCUGAAGCACAUGCCCAAGAGUAUCUUCACGAGAUCGCUGCAUGUCAUGUAUGCCUACCGCCCCCAGGCAUCGUUCCUGGAGCCCGUCAAGGAUCGUGGACAGUGUAAACCCGCGCCUCAAUAUAGUCUGGAAAGAGCUCGUGCCCGUCGAGACACAGAAAUCGCGACCAAAUCAGAACAACCACGCGACACGGAUGCGGGAUCAACCGUCGCUUCAGUGUCUACAACCACUGCCUCAAUCAUAGAAGGUGCCAAGGCCGUUUAAAUGUAGAAACAACAUCUGGAGCGUAGUGGUUUGUGUGUAUUGUUACAUGAAUAAAAUGGUUGCUAGACUACGCA